UUUUGGACAAAUCUGGACCACGACGCUGUUUGUUUUCGAUCCCUCGCAGGAAUGGUGGUUGGCGCGAUGUGCGCGAUAACUGGUGUCCUCACAAUCGCUCUUCCUGUGCCCGUCAUCGUCUCCAACUUCUCCAUGUUCUACUCCCACACCCAGGCACGCAUGAAGCUGCCGAAGAAGCGUCGACGAGUGCUGCCCGUGGAGGCGAUUCGACCCAAGAAGAAGCCCUCGGUGUCGCCGAACGCGUCGUGCGCGGUCUCGCGCAACGGUGACACGCGGUUGCGGACGACCUCAAAGAACGCCUCACCUUCCAUCUCAACGACUAUUCCAAACGCGCUCCACCUGAACAAACGCCUGCACAGCAUCCAACCAGCUAACCCGGCCUUUCUGGAGACAGUCGGGAAGCUGGAAGUGCCGGAGACUGAAAUCAGAAGCACUCCAGGCUCGCAAACUCUUCACUCCAGACGCACCGCUAUUGUUGACCUUGCCGAUCCCUUGGUGAACGCACGAAACAUUUCUCGUGAGUUCCGAGGUCAGCUGAUGCCAACUUUUAGUGUUGGGGAUGGUGGUGGUGGGGAAAGUGGUGAUGAUGGAGCUAGUGAUGGCGGAAUUCUUCAAAUUCGGUGGUUGAGGAUGUGGGCUGAAAACAGUUCCUCGCUGCACAGCUCGGGCUACGAGCUACACGUUCAAGAAUACGACGAGGAGAUCUACUCCAACAGCCAAUCACAACCGAGCCCUGUUGGCCACUGA